AUAUUUCUCCUUCCCAAUCCCUAAAUUUACUCCAGCGCCGCUCGCACCAGUUCCCUUCCUCAGCAUCCGACCGCCGCCGUCGUCCUCCUCCACACGCGCCGCCGUCGACAGUCUCGGCGCCUUCGCAAGGCCGCAGUUCCGCCGCCGGUGUUCGUUCCCCGUCCAAUCUUCACGCACCCGGACUCAGACCACGUCACUCCGUCGGCCGCCUCUGCUUCCACCGUUGGACCGGCCGCCCAGUCCGAGCUCCGCCUGAGGAGAUUAAUGGGGGAAGAAUGGCUGGAUUGGAGUUGGGUUGUUGCAGCAGCAGCAACAGCAUCGAUUGUUGUUAUUAUUAUUAUUAAUAUGAGAAACAGAAGAAGAAGAACUAAGGAUGCUGAUAGGGUUCCUGGAGGGAGUUGGGGUUGGCCGUUGAUAGGCGAAACCUUGGAUUUUAUUGCUUCUGGUUACUCCUCCAAACCCGUCUCCUUCAUGGACAAACGCAAAUCCCUAUAUGGGAGUGUCUUUCGAACUCACAUCUUAGGAAAGGCGGUGAUCGUCUCCACCGAUCCCGAUGUUAACAAACACGUUCUGCAGAAUCACGGCAAUGCUUUCAUACCGUCGUAUCCAAAAUCUAUAAAAGAACUCUUCGGAGAAUCUUCGAUACUCCAAAUGAGCGGACCUUUGCACAAGAGGGUGCAUGGCCUUAUCGGAGGUUUCCUAAAAUCGCCGUCGCUAAAGGGGCGAAUCACCGAAAAUAUUGAGAAUUCUGUCCGAGCUUCGCUAUCGACAUGGAAAGAUAACAAUGGUCAAGUUUACGUUCAAGACGAAACCAAAAAGCUUACCUUCGAGAUUUUAGUGAGAGUGCUUUUAAGCGUCGGCCCAGGUGAAGAGAUGAGGUUUCUAAAGAGGGAAUUCGAGGAAUUCAUCAAAGGUUUAAUUUGUUUACCCAUUAAGCUCCCCGGAACGCAACUGUAUAAAUCCUUGCAGGCGAAGAAGAGAUUAUUGCAAAGGGUGGAAAAAAUUAUAGAAGAGAGGAAAUUAAUCAUGGUAAAAACACAAGAGAAAAAAGAACUUCCAAAUGAUGCGAUCGAUGUCCUAUUACGUGACAGUGAUGAAUUAGAAGAAAUGCUCGAUCACAAACUCCCGCCUAAUUUUAUCAGCGGUAACAUUAUCGAAAUGAUGAUUCCCGGAGAAGAGACUGUGCCAACGGCCAUGACCCUCGCCGUUAAAUUUCUUGGCGACCACCCCAUCGCGUUAGCUCAUUUAGUGGAAGAGAACAUGGAACUUAAGAAGAGCAAGGAAGAAUCUUGCGAAGAAUAUUCGUGGAUGGAUUAUUUAUCGUUGCCGUUCACUCAAAAUGUUAUAAGUGAAACACUUAGGCUAGCAAACAUCAUCAAUGCAGUGUGGAGAGAAGCUGUCAAGGAUGUCAGAGUUAAAGGUUACUUAAUACCUAAAGGGUGGUGUGUUUUGGCUUCCUUAAGCUCGGUACACAUGAACGAAGCUUAUUACUGUAAUCCUUACGAAUUUGAUCCAUGGAGAUGGAAGGAAGUCGGAGUCAUCGCAAGCAAUAAUCUUUUUACGCCGUUUGGUGGAGGGCAGCGGCUGUGUCCUGGUUUGGAACUCUCGAGGCUUGAAGUAUCAAUAUUCCUUCACCAUCUCGUUACAACUUAUCGGUGGACUGCUGAGAAGGACGAUAUAACAUAUUUUCCGACGGUGAAAAUGAAGAGGAAGCUCCCCAUCACAGUGAUGCCCUUAAAACAAUGAAUUUUGGUUACUUUCGGUUUGAUGGUCUAUUUUGUUUCCUUGUUUAUUUACGAUCCUUUUGUACUGUAUAGAAGUCAGGGAAUUGGCGAAUACGACUCGCAUGUGUGAUCUUGAUAAGCAUAUCCAUAUAGAACAUGGGGUACUAA